GUGACGUACGCGACGCGUCGCUCCCUCUUUACCAAGCUGUCAAUAAAACAGCACGCUGAAAAUGAUGUCUAGCUAACUAAGUUGCCCUUAAAAGAUUGUAUUUGAACCGAGUAGGCUUAACACUGCACUGAUAUUCCCUGGACGUGUUUUCGGCCUUACAUGUAACACAUCCAAAAGGAUCCAUGUCUUUUCUUGCCCAUGAGGACAGCCGGGAGAGUCUGACCUCCCUCCCACGUCGGGACACGAUGGGCAGCUUCCUCCCUGACAACGGCUCGUACGAGCUCCUCACCGUCAUCGGCCGAGGUCUGGACGACUUGAUGACCGUUAACCUGGCUCGAUACAGGCCGACCGGGGAGCACAUUGCCAUCCGACGGAUUGACCUGGAGUCCUGCACUAAUGACAUGGUUACCUACCUGCAGGGUGAACUACACGUGUCAAAGUUAUUUCACCACUCUAGUAUUUUACCCUACAAGAGCAUCUUCAUAGCUGAGAAUGAGCUGUGGGUCAUCUCCCCCUUCAUGGCUUAUGGGUCAGCAAGAGAUCUCAUCUGCUCACAUUUCACUGAUGGGAUGACUGAGCUGACCAUCGCGUACAUUUUAUUAGGCAUGCUCAGAGCUCUUGAAUACAUUCACCACAUGGGAUACGUGCACCGGAGUGUGAAGGCCAGCCACGUGCUGAUCUCAGCAGACGGACAGGUGUGCAUGUCAGGUCUGCGGAGCAUCUUCAGCCUGAUUCGUCACGGCCAGAGAGCCAGAGUGGUCCACGACUUCCCCCAGUACAGCGUCAAGGUGCUGCCGUGGCUCAGCCCUGAGGUGCUGCAGCAGAACCUGCAGGGCUACGACUCGCGGUCGGACAUCUACAGCCUCGGAAUCACGGCCUGUGAACUGGCCAACGGACACGUGCCAUUCAAAGACAUGCCAGCUACACAGAUGCUGCUGGAGAAGCUAAACGGGACGGUGCCGUGUUUGCUGGACACCACCACCAUCCCUCCAGAGGAACUGUCCCUGAAGCCGUCCCGCUCCGGGGCUGACUCCGGGAUCUGCGAGGGAAUGGGAGCCGGAGGGCCUCGCCACUCCAACGGAGAGCCCUCAUCGUCGUCGGGAGGACACCCUUACAACCGGACCUUCUCCCCACACUUCCACGCGUUUGUCGAGCUCUGUCUACAGCGAGACCCGGAGAAGAGACCAUCUGCUACAAAUCUCACAGGCCAUCCUUUCUUCAAACAGAUCAAACGGCGGCCCUCGGAGGCGCUGCCUGAGCUGCUGAGGCCCGUGUCGCCCAUCACCAGCUUCGAGACCUCCCGGCUACACGGCUCUCCCUCCGGACUGGCCAGUCUGGAGUCGGGCCUCAGCCACCUGGACAUGGACGACUGGGACUUCUGACAGUGGCUGACACUGCGGAGAGACGCUCGUAGGAUUCUGACCAGAAACUCUGUGAGCGGACGGGACGAGAUUUGUUUUUGUAACGGUCUUAUUGUAAAUAACUCGAGUCUCCAUCUAAAGGGACGGGGAGCUAAAAGGCUCCUAUGGGAUGUUCAGAAGCCGGCAGCCAUCUUGCCUCUUCUUUGAUGUGCGCUUUUGUUCUCUAGAUAUGCACAGACUUUUUUUGCACUGCACUGAAGGCCUCUCUCUCUCUCUCUCUCUCUCUCACACACACACACACCUGUUUACAGAUUGUACUCACACAACUCAAGCUCCACUGGAACCAAAACACAACCGGACUUUCUCUCAGCUCCUCAGAGGAGCGUCUAUGGAUGUAGAUGUAGCUCAAAAUCCUAAAGAUUCUCAUUAAAACAA